AUGAACAUAAAGAGAACAACAGACGCUCCCCUCCAAUCACCCGGGAGAACGACAGACGCUCCCCCUCCAAUCACCCGGGAGAACGACAGGGGCUCCCCCUCCAAUCACCCGGGAGAACGACAGACGCUCCCCCUCCAAUCACCCGGGAGAACAACAGGCGCUCCCCUCCAAUCACCCGGGAGAACGACAGACGCUCCCCCUCCAAUCACCCGGGAGAACGACAGGGGCUCCCCCUCCAAUCACCCGGGAGAACGACAGACGCUCCCCCUCCAAUCACCCGGGAGUACGACAGGGGCUCCCCUCCAAUCACCCGGGAGAACGACAGGCGCUCCCCUCCAAUCAUCCGGGAGAACGACAGACGCUCCCCCUCCAAUCACCCGGGAGAACGACAGACGCUCCCCCUCCAAUCACCCGGGAGAACGACAGGCGCUCCCCUCCAAUCACCCGGGAGAACGACAGGCGCUCCCCUCCAAUCACCCGGGAGAACAACAGGCGCUCCCCUCCAAUCACCCGGGAGAACGACAGACGCUCCCCCUCCAAUCAUCCGGGAGAACGACAGACGCUCCCCCUCCAAUCACCCGGGAGAACGACAGACGCUCCCCCUCCAAUCACCCGGGAGAACGACAGACGCUCCCCCUUCAAUCACCCGGGAGAACGACAGACGCUCCCCCUCCAAUCAUCCGGGAGAACGACAGACGCUCCCCCUUCAAUCACCCGGGAGAACGACAGACGCUCCUCCUCCAAUCACCCGGGAGAACGACAGGCGCUCCCCUCCAAUCACCCGGGAGAACGACAGGCGCUCCCCUCCAAUCACCCGGGAGAACGACAGGCGCUCCCCUCCAAUCACCCGGGAGAACGACAGGCGCUUCCCUUCCAAUCAUCCAGGAGAACGACAGGCGCUCCCCUCCAAUCACCCGGGAGAACGACAGGCGCUCCCCUCCAAUCACCCGGGAGAACGACAGGCGCUCCCCUCCAAUCACCCGGGAGAACGACAGACGCUCCCCCUCCAAUCACCCGGGAGAACGACAGACGCUCCCCCUCCAAUCAUCCGGGAGAACGACAGACGCUCCCCCUUCAAUCACCCGGGAGAACGACAGACGCUCCCCCUCCAAUCAUCCGGGAGAACGACAGACGCUCCCCCUUCAAUCACCCGGGAGAACGACAGACGCUCCUCCUCCAAUCACCCGGGAGAACGACAGGCGCUCCCCUCCAAUCACCCGGGAGAACGACAGGCGCUCCCCUCCAAUCACCCGGGAGAACGACAGGCGCUCCCCUCCAAUCACCCGGGAGAACGACAGGCGCUUCCCUUCCAAUCAUCCAGGAGAACGACAGGCGCUCCCCUCCAAUCACCCGGGAGAACGACAGGCGCUCCCCUCCAAUCACCCGGGAGAACGACAGGCGCUCCCCUCCAAUCACCCGGGAGAACGGCAGGCGCUCCCCUCCAAUCAUCCAGGAGAAGCAGACCAGUAG